GUCCAGCCAGCUCAGUAGUAUCCUAGUGUUUCUGCCCUGCUGAGUGAGGAGAGCCUGGUGGGAGCCCAAACACAGCACACGUGUUCUCGUACAAGCAUGUUGCUGCACCACACAGGCCUUCUCCUCUCUGGGACAACACUGACCACAGCUCUCGGGAAGGUGUCCCCUGGCAGGCUCCCCAGGGUCAUUGUUGUGGGCUCACCCUUAGACUGAAUGCCCUGGUGUGCUGCCCUAGAACCCAGGUGUUCUCACUCCACCGGUCCUGCCUGCAGGGUGUGCUAAGCUCUCAGCGUGUUGGGAAAGGUUGGUCUCUUUUGGUCUCUGCCAUGGGCCCUCCUAGCUUCUUGUGUGUUAGUUGCCUUAACAUUGGACUGUUUUUCACUGAGACUUGGAGCAGUUGGAAGACAUGGUAGGGCCUUGGAGUGGUUGUUUAUGGCCCCUUGAAAAGCUCUGUAUUAGAUUAUGGAGAAUCUAGCAUUCAUUUGAAAGCCACACCUCCCCACGCAUGUUGGACAUUGCACCCCACAGUGGCAGGUUGUAGGACUUAGAGGUAAGUUACCCUGAGGCCUUGGGCGUCACUUCCUGAUAUAAUGGCAGUAGCUGCUUCAAAAUCCGGUCAGCCCUGUUCUAAGAUUCCCAUUCUCUCCCUUUUAAGGGUGAUUUUAGGGCUCGAGAGGCAGGCAGGCAGGACUUUUUCUUUUGGAUAGGAACCAGAAUUUCAUCAGCUUAUGCCUUGUGAGUUUUCAGGAGAGAUAACAGGAUGUCCAUCUGUCUGUCUGUGGGUUUCUCUGGCCAGUGUUGCUCCCACCAGUCUACAGCAUGGGGAAUAUCUUUGCAAACCUCUUCAAGGGCCUUUUUGGCAAAAAAGAAAUGCGCAUUCUCAUGGUGGGCCUAGAUGCUGCGGGAAAGACCACCAUCCUGUACAAACUGAAGCUGGGUGAAAUCGUGACCACCAUUCCCACUAUAGGCUUCAACGUGGAAACCGUGGAAUACAAGAACAUCAGCUUCACUGUGUGGGACGUGGGUGGCCAGGACAAGAUCCGGCCUCUGUGGCGCCACUACUUCCAGAACACACAAGGUCUCAUCUUCGUGGUUGACAGCAAUGACAGAGAGCGUGUGAAUGAGGCCCGAGAGGAGCUUAUGAGGAUGCUGGCAGAAGACGAGCUCAGGGACGCUGUUCUGCUCGUGUUUGCUAACAAACAGGACCUCCCCAAUGCCAUGAAUGCAGCUGAGAUCACGGACAAGCUGGGUCUGCACUCUCUGCGCCACAGGAACUGGUACAUUCAGGCUACCUGUGCCACCAGCGGGGACGGGCUCUAUGAGGGACUGGACUGGCUGUCCAAUCAGCUCCGGAACCAGAAGUGAGCUGUACUCCUCUCUCCUCCCUUCACACUCCCUCCUUCUGCCCUCGCUUUACUCUCAUGUGGCAAACGUGCCCCUGUGGUGUGAGUGCCAGAAGCUGUCUCCAUGGUCGGUCACAGUGUGCUUCACCAUGCUGUAAAUGUGCAGACGCAGCCUGCAACUGGGUUUUUAUUUAAUGUAAAUAGUUUUUGUUUCCAAUGAGGCAGUUUCUGGUACUCCUAUGCAAUAUUACUCAGCUUUUUUUAUUGUAAAAAGAAAAUCAACCGUUUAGUACUGAGAAGGGAUUUUAGGCACACGGGUCAUCCAGGAGUCGCUGUGUCAGAAAAGCCCGAUGUUCCUCUUCUGGGCUUUACGUCUGUGUUGAGAUCCAUUUUGGUGGUUGGUUUUUAACCCAAACUCAGUGCAUUUUUUAAAAUAGUUACAAAUACAAGAUAAGGAGAACACUUGAACACACAGAAGGGAGAAAUGUGCCUAGUGUAGGUUCUGCAGUAAUGGCCUGAGUCCAGUCCACCAGUGGUCUGUUUCCCGUUGGGAACGUGAAACGGGGCAGAACCAGCUAUGAUCCAUUCUGCAUGGUCACAAUAGGGUCCCUGUGAUUUGCUCUGUCUUGGGUCAUCCCACACCCCAUAGCGUUUGUGCUUGUAUCUGUGCUUACAUGGCUGCCCAGGAGAUGGGCUGGAGGCUGCAGCCACCACGCUCAGACCCCUUGGAGGAACCCCAGCCUUUUCUUGGGUCAGCAUGGGCACUUUGGUUGGAACGCUCUGGUUUGAGCGGGAGCCCUGCAGUCCCCUUGCUUGCCUGCUCCGGGCUCUCUGGGGUCUCACCAGCAAGAGCGCGGGUGGUCAUCCUUGAGCCCCAGCCCCUCGGAGCCCCUGUCUAUGUGUGCUUUCACUCCCUCAGCCUGCAAGGGUCAGAUUUGCCAUCGAAAAAUGAUAACCUCUACUUUUUUCUUUUGUAUUUUGAUAAACACUGAAGAAGCUGGAGCUGUUAAACUUUAUCUUGGGGAAAACCUCAGAACUGGUUUAUUUGGUGUCGUGGAACCUCUUAAUGCUUUCAAUACACAAUUAGUAAUCAACUGUUUUGUAUACUUGUUUUCAGUUUUCAUUUCGACAAACAGGCACUGUAAUUACAGCUAUUAGAAUAAAAUCUCUUAACUAUU